AUGUCUGAUGCUAAAGAGGGUAUGAAGCUCUCGUUGAAAGUGAUAACAAAUAAAGAGAGAAAUAAGGUUCUCUUUGCAGAAGCCGACAACCAUUUUGUCGACAUUUUGUUGAGCUUCUUGACUUUGCCGUUGGGAAGAGUCUUCAAAGUCCUCGACAACCACCGUGGAGAUAAUGAGGCAGUUACCAUUGGAAGCUUAAGCAGUUUGUACCAUAGCGUAGCAAAUCUCGAUAGCUCCCUUUUCGUGACGGAGGGUGCUAAGGAGGCUCUGCUCAAUCCAAAAAGUUCAUUCGAAGAUGAACACAAAAGGCUGAAACUGGACAUCGCUGAAUUCCAGCCGUAUGAAUUCUUCUAUUGUCCUAGCGGCUGUAGUAUAUUUCUUAGUGAAAGCAUGUACUAUGAUAAUGCCGGUCAAUGCCUAAAAUGCAGAUAUGGUUUCUCUUCCAUGAAAAAAGAAGUAGUUAAAAAGGUGCCUCAAGCUGCUUUUGAAGACGGAGUUUUCACCAUGUAUAGAUCGUCUUUCGUAAUCUCUGAUGAUCUUCAGAUAUUCCCCAACUUGACAGGACUCUGUCAAAUUUUCAGCAUUCUUGGCAUUGCAGACACGGAUGAGGGUGAGGCGAUCGAAGUGACGAUUGGGUUGAAUGAGAUGUUGCGUUUGCUGAAGGCUUCCCUCAUUUCCCCAACUCCAUUGUCAAACCUCAUACUAAAUAAAGCAAGUCUAGUUCUUGAUUCUGAGCCGAAGGCUUCAGUUAAUCAGAUUGAAAUCCAAGAAAAUCCCAAAUCGAAGAAUAUGGUUUUGAAAGUCGUGGUACGAAAGUCUAGCGGGAAGUUUCUGUAUGCUCAAGCUGAGAAAGAUUUUGUUGAGUUUCUAUUUGGUCUCCUCUUUAUCCCAGUUGGAGGCGUUCAUCAUCUUCUUUCCGGUGAGACUUGUAUCAAGGCUAUAGACAACUUGUACCGGAGCGCAGCUGAUCUCAUCCACGACAAGUAUUUCCGGAGCCCGGGUACUAAAAACAGGCUAAUGAAGCCUAAUGUGGUUCAUGGUUGCAUUUCUGAAAACUACAUUCUUCCCCUCGAUCAAGAAUGCUUGCCUGAUGAGUAUACUAAAUUCUGCGGGUUUUCUUCCAGUAUGUUUCCCAAAGGGCAGGGGAGAUAUCUUUACGAAGCAACAACUUAUAUGGUGAUGGAUGAUUUAACUGUGACACCUUUCUGUGUUUAUUCAGUUUUUUCCAGUCUCAAUGAGCAGAAAAUCCCUAGGUCUGAUCUCAAAGAAAUGGAGGUGCAAGUCGGAUUAAAAGAGAUUGUGGAUUUGCUCAAGCGAUCUUUACUCUCCAAGACUCCGCUAACGGAUGUUAUUGUUUGUGUUAUCAACAAAAACACGGGUUAUGUGCUAGAGGACAUUUUACUAGACAAGAUAGAGCUAGAAUCAACCAGCUCUAAGAGAAUGACUGGAAGGGAAGAUUUUGUGGAUUUCAUUCUCAGUUUUCUGACUAUCCCAUUGGGAGGAGUGGUGUCCCUUUUUGAGGGGCAAGACUUGUUUCAAGAGCAUUGA